CCUUCAGUCGGGUUUUGGGAGAUCUCUCUUGGAGCUGUAGAGGAGAGGUUGGCCGUCUCUCUCUCCAGCAGUUUUUCUGCAGCCUCCAGUCGCCUCAUCAUGGAUUUUGGGACUAAAAGAGUCGCUGGGAUUAUCGCUCAGGUCGCCCUGCUCCUCUGCAGCUCGUCCGGGACAAACGGAGCAGACGUGUGUGACAGCUCAUUGGUUUCCAAUCUGCCUCCAUCGUCCUUCAGAAGCUCUUCUCAGCUGUCCAGCAGCCACGCGCCGGGCUUCGCCAAACUCAACAGGAGAGACGGAGCGGGAGGGUGGUCUCCUCUCUCCUCAGACAGCUAUCAGUGGCUGGAGGUCGACCUCGGAGAGCGCACCACGAUCAGCGCUGUGGCAACGCAGGGACGCUACGGCAGCUCUGAUUGGCUGACGUCGUAUCUGCUGAUGUUCAGCGACACGGGACACAACUGGAAGCAGUACAGACAGGAGGACAGCAUCGGGUCUUUCCCAGGUAACAGUAAUGCAGACAGUGUGGUUCAGUACAAACUGCAGCAGCCGGCCGUCGCUCGCUUCCUCCGCCUCCUCCCUCUGGCCUGGAACCCCAGCGGGAGGAUCGGACUCCGGCUGGAGACCUACGGGUGUCCUUACACCUCUGAUGUGGUGAGUUUGGACGGCAGCAGCAGUCUGGUGUUCAGGUUGACCCCCGACCCGAGGCAGACGUCCAGAGAGGUCGUCUCUCUGAAGUUUAAAACCCUGAGGAAUUCUGGGACGCUGCUGCAUGCAGAGGGAGAGAGAGGGAGAGGACUCAGUCUGGAGUUAGAGAGAGGAAGGCUGCAGCUGCUGCUCAGACAAGGCAGGACUACUUCCUCUGAGCCCCGGCGUCUCUCCUCCCUCGGCAGCCUGCUGGAUGAUCAGCAUUGGCAUCAUUUAGCGGUGGAGCGGCGCAGCGCUCACCUCAACCUCACUGUGGACAAACACACGGAGAGUAUUCAGAUCCCUGCAGAGUUCAGCCACUGGCACAUCCAGCAGCUGAUUGUCGGGGCAAUCCAGUACCCCGUCUCAAAGAGGAACUUUCAUGGCUGCCUUGAAAACCUGAUGUACAACGACCUCAAGCUCAUAGAGUUAGCCAAACACAAAGACCACCAAGUUACUGUCAUGGGCAAUGUCACCUUUUCUUGUGCUGAGUCGGUAUCCGUCGCCGUGACCUUCCCCGGACCCCAGAGCUUCCUCCAGUUGCCGGGGGCCACGCCGUCGUCGUCAGGGGGCGUGUCCGUCGGGUUCCAGUUCAGGACGUGGAACAAGGCGGGGCUUCUGCUGACCUUUGACCUGCUUCAGGGAGGGGGCGUGGCCUGGCUCUACCUGAGUGAGGCCAGAGUCCGGCUGCAGGUCCAUAAAGCUGGCAGGGCGCUGCUGGAGCUCAGUGCAGGUUCUGCUCUGAAUGACGGUCAGUGGCAUUCGGUGGAUCUGAACUCCAGGCGAGGUCGUCUGAGCAUCAUCGUGGAUAAAGAGGAAGGAGGCAGCGCUCACGCCACUCCUUCAUUUCCUGUCACUGUAGAAAGUCACCUCUUCUUUGGUGGUUGUCCGGCUGAAGAGGACCGUCAGGAAUGCAAAAAUCCCUUCAACAUCUUUCAGGGCUGCAUGCGUCUCCUCAGUGUGGAGAACCAGCCCGUGGACCUGAUGAAGGUGCAGCAAAGGCUGCUGGGAAACUACAGCCACCUGCAGAUCGACAUGUGUGGCAUCAUUGACAGGUGUUCUCCCAGUCGGUGUGAACAUGGCGGCCGCUGCAGUCAGUCCUGGACCGUCUUCCACUGUAACUGCUCUGACAGCGGCUACAGCGGAGCCACCUGCCACAGCCGUGAGUACGGACAGUCCUGCGAGGCGUACAAACACAACGGCAACACGUCGGGACAUUUUUAUAUCGACGUGGACGGCAGCGGACCAAUCAAACCGCAGCUGGUGUACUGCAACAUGACAGAGGAGAACACAUGGAUGGUGAUCCAGCACAACAACAGCGAGCUGACCAGAGUGCGGCCGUCUCCAGAGGUAAACCAGCACUCAGUUCACUUUGACUACUCCACUGAAGAAGAGCAGCUAUUGGCCGUCAUCAGCCAAUCAGAGUACUGUGAACAGGAUCUGUCCUACCACUGCAGGAAGUCCCGCCUCCUCAACACUCCAGAGGGCUCUCCGUUCAGCUGGUGGCUCGGGGGUCCCGCUCCCGGUCGUGUCCAGUCUUAUUGGGGGGGGGCUCAGCCGGGCAGCCAGCAGUGUGUGUGCGGGCUGCAGGGAGACUGUGUGGACCCUCAGCACUACUGCAACUGUGACGCUGACCGCACCGAGUGGACUGAGGACUCUGGGCUGCUCACCCAUAAGGAGAGCCUCCCUGUCCGGUCUCUGUUGCUAGGUGACGUCAGGAGGCCGGGGUCAGAGGCCGUCUACAGGGUGGGACCGCUCAGUUGUCAUGGAGACAAGAACUUCUGGAACGCUGCGUUUUUCGACAAGGAGACGUCGUACCUCCACUUCCCGACCUUCCACGGAGAGCUGAGCGCGGAUAUCUCCUUCCUGUUUAAAACCACCGCCUCCUCCGGUGUGUUCCUGGAGAACCUGGGCAUCAGAGACUUCAUCCGGAUCGAACUGAGCUCCUCCACUCGGGUGGUUUUCUCCUUCGACGUCGGUAACGGGCCUCUGGAGGUUCAUGUGGAGUCAAUGGUGCCGCUGAACGACAACCGGUGGCAUCGAGUCAGAGCGGAGAGGAACGUCAAAGAGGCGUCGCUGCGGCUGGACGGACUUCCUGUCGCCACACAGGAAGCUCCGGCUGACGGACACCUCCACCUGCAGCUCAACAGCCAGCUGUUCAUAGGAGGCACAGCGUCCAGGCAGAAGGGCUUCCGGGGUUGUAUCCGCUCCCUGCAGCUGAACGGCGUCCCCCUGGACCUGGAGGAGCGGGCGGAGAUCACCCCCGGGGUCCAGCCCGGCUGCCCGGGUCACUGCAGCAGCUACGGCUCGCUCUGCCAGAACCAGGGCCGCUGUGUGGAGAGAGCCAGCGGCUUCCACUGCGACUGCGGCCUGUCGGCGCACACUGGAGCCUUCUGCCAUACAGAGUUGUCGGCCAGCUUCCAGUCGGGCACGUCGCUGCGCUACACCUUCAAGGAGCCGUACGAGUUGAGCAGGAACAGCAGUGCCCUGCCGUCCUCCAUCUACUCGGACCUGACGCUGAGAGGAGAGAACGUCUCGCUGAGCUUCAGGACCAAUCAGAGCCCGGCUCUGCUGCUCUACGUCAGCUCCUACUACACCCAGUACCUGGCCCUGCUCAUCAACAAGCACGAUAAUCUGGAGGUGAGGUACAAGCUGGACAGCAGCAGAGACGCUGAGGUGUUGAAGAGCAAAGUGAAGAGUCUGGCAGACGGAGAACUCCACACCGUCACCAUCAGGAGACUGACUGACUCCGUGUCUCUGCAGAUCGACCAGAACCCCAGAGAAGACUUCAACCUGACAUCAGACGGAGAAUUCAACGGCAUCAAGACGCUGGUGCUGGGCAGAGUGCACGACUCGGAGGAUCUGGAUCCAGAUCUGUCCAGGUUGGCGUCUCUGGGUUUCUCCGGCUGUCUCUCGGUGGUCCGCUUUAACUCCAUCAGCCCUCUGAAAGCUGCUCUGCUGCACCCGGACAGCAGCCCCGUCACCAUCUCCGGACCUUUACUGCAGUCCAGCUGCGGCUCCUCGGCUGCAGCCAAUCCCUACGCAGCAGAGAACACACACCACCUGUCAGAUCAUUCUGGUGUAGUGGCUUCAGGUCAACCUUUAGUCAAUGCCAUCAGGACUGACUCGGCUCUAAUUGGAGGGGUCAUAGCGGUGGUGAUCUUUGUGAUUGUGACCGCCCUGGCGAUAACGGCCAGAUUCCUCUACCGGAGAAAAGAGACGUACCGGAACCAGGAAGUGAAGGGAGUCAAACAGGAAGACAGCCAGGAUUUCCAUUUCAACAACCAGACGGACCCCCAGAACGUCUCCUCUGAAAACCCAAAGGAGUAUUUCAUCUGACCGACGGCCUGAUGACCCGGGACUCUGCUCUGCACUCAGAGACACUCAGAGACUCCACUGGAAGGCAGGACAAAGGAACAAUUCACACAGAUGUUUCUCUGUCUGUACAUAGUGUAGAGACCGAUACACACAGGCAACAGUGCUGGACUUAAUAUGUGUUGAUACUCUUGUAAAUAUUCAAAAAUCUAAAUGUGAAAGUGAUGUCUAAGGCCAAUUCAUGUCCUUUCGAAAAGGUUGCACAUGAUCGUUUAUGAUUUACAGUAUUUAAAGCCAACUUUAUUUCAGUGAAUCAGGGCAUCGUGGCUGAUGCACGUUUAUAUUAGGAUAAGAAAUGGAUGUUAGCUUAAUUGGAAAUGUUUGACCCGUAAUGAGGAAGUUAAGAAGAUUGCUUCUGUGGUUUUAAUGUCUUUUUGUGGUGCAUCGGGAGAGAAAUGGCAUGCCUGCAGCAGCCUGCAAACAUCCACCAAACACCGAGACGUGUUUUGAUGAUUUUCUAUCCCAAUUCAGCGACUGAAUUAAAAAAGAUUUUCCUCCAGCAACAUCUUGCUAUCACAGAUUUUUGGUGUUAACAAGUGGCGCCUUCAAAGU